CGAAAACUAGAGAUGCCAGUGCGUGUCCUUUUGGAGGUCAUAAAUCAGGCUUCAAAUCUCCCCAGCAAUCAGGUGGUCAUCUUAUGGCGCACGCUGACUGUGAUGAGUCCACAGACGGAGCGAGUUUUCAACGAGGCUGCAACAGCCUGCGCUCGUCUCCAUUAUUUCGAAGAGAAUCACGUUUUCCAAGGCCUCUUGGAAGUGGAUGAAAGCAUCCACGAGGCCAUGUCGUCUACUCCGCCCGCGGACUGGAAUGUCGAAGAGCCCUCGUUGUGGGCCUGGGCUUGGAAUCACAUAGCCUUUGGAGUCCAACACGAAAUGGACCUGGCGGAAAAGUCUCUCUUUCUUGAGAAGGCGAAGGCCUCGAAGGGAGAUGGAAAAGGUGUAUCCUUGGGAAAGAGUAAGCGUCAUUACUCCGCCCCCCUUAUCUACAGCAGCGACAUGGACCCUUUUCCAGUGCCCCUGACCAUCCGGAAGGUCUCUAGCAUAGCUUUUGUUUGGGACGAGUAUUGUGACAAGAUGAAGGAAGGGGAUUGGAAGUGCGGCGACUACAAGAUGGCCACGUACAUCGGUCGUCCAGGUGCGUCGCCUGUGACCGCUGCACAGCAAAGGGAGGCAACCUCCCAGACGCCUGCAGUCUUUGCCAAAUCCCCUCCUCCACGGCACUCGUGA